CAUAUCAUAUGAUGAUAUAUAAUAAUAUAAGUACAUAGUUGCUUCCAGUUCUCUGUGCUGCCUACACUUGCCUUAAAUUCCAACCCCCUCCCAGCUGCCUCCAUUUAUAGAAUCUGAAGCUAAUUCUUGCUUGGUUCACGGCUCUUUCUCUGAGAUUUAGCUCUCUGUGAAGUGGGUUUUAGUGUUUGAUUCGUCCAAGUUGGUUCCUUGGAUCUGGAGCUGGGUUCCCUGGCCUCAGUUGACUCAAGAUUCGAAAUGGUUUUCACUGAACGUUGAUUGGGUGGAGGAAAGAAGAGCAGCCAAAUAACAAUGUCUUUGAAGAGCAGAGGAGCAGAAGGAAAUUCAAAGAGUGUUGUGUCUCGGAAACUGACUCUUCUGUUGUGUGUUGGAUGCUUUUGUUCUGGAAUGCUCUUCACCGACAGGAUGUGGGCAGUCCCUGAAGCUGGGGGCAUAUCUAGGCAAAUGGAAAUGGAAGCUUCAGAGGUCUGUGACCCAAGAAUAAAGGAUGAAAAGAAAGAGUCAAUGAAUAUCUUAGAGGAAGUUGCAAAGAAAGAUACUUCCAGACAAAUGCUUGGUAAAAUGAUUUCAAAUUUAGAGACGAAAUUAUCUGUUGCAAGGGCUGCACAAGAUUCUAAGCUUAGUGGUUCUCCCAUAUAUGGAGAUUUGACGAUUACUCAACCAACUAGGAAAAGGAAAUAUCUGAUGGUCAUAGGUAUUAACACUGCUUUUAGCAGCCGGAAGCGAAGAGACUCAGUCCGCGCUACUUGGAUGCCGCAAGGUGAUAAAAGAAAGAAACUCGAGGAAGAAAAGGGCAUCAUAAUUCGAUUUGUAAUAGGUCACAGUGCAACAUCUGGUGGUAUUCUUGAUAAAGCUGUUGAAGCAGAGGAGAAAAAGCAUGGAGACUUUUUGCGACUGGAACAUGUUGAGGGUUACCUUGAACUGUCAGCAAAGACGAAGAUAUAUUUUGCUACUGCAGUUGCCCUGUGGGAUGCUGAUUUUUAUGUGAAAGCAGAUGAUGAUGUUCACGUAAACAUAGCAACACUCGGGGAAACUUUAGCUAGGCAUCAUUCAAAACCAAGGGUGUAUAUAGGAUGCAUGAAAUCUGGUCCUGUCCUUGCUCGGAAGGGAGUGAGAUAUCAUGAGCCUGAAUACUGGAAAUUUGGUGGGGAGGGAAACAAAUACUUCCGUCAUGCUACUGGACAGCUAUAUGCUAUUUCAAAAGAUUUGGCUACCUACAUAUCAAUAAACCAGCAUGUGCUACACAAGUAUGCCAACGAGGAUGUUUCCCUGGGAUCAUGGUUUAUUGGAUUGGAUGUGGAGCAUAUAGAUGAUCGGAGAUUAUGUUGUGGAACCCCACCUGACUGUGAAUGGAAGGCUCAGGCAGGCCACAUCUGUGUCGCUUCCUUUGAUUGGAGCUGCAGCGGGAUUUGUAGGUCUGUUGAGAGGAUGAAGGAGGUUCACCGCCGGUGUGGGGAAGGCGAGCAUGCUCUGUGGAAUGCAGGUUUCUGAGAAGCCACAUCUCAUGCAACUUCUGGAGGAAGCAAAUGUGUAUGCAAGAGCUUAUGAUCAUAGAGAAGCAUAUGUAACAUCAAACUGUAAUAUAUGUAUGUGAGGUAGGAGGGUGAGCAGGGCUGCUGAUUGGAUACUUCUCCAUUUUAGCCCAAGAGAUGAAUCCGCGCAGCGAUGAGAUAAUAGGGGCAGACACUGUAAGCUCCAUUUUUUCAGAUGAUUGAAGGAACAUUUUGUUGUUAGUC